AUGAAGCAGUUGUUAGAAGCAAACUUGGAUUUAGAGGAGAUGUCUACAGGCUCCAGUUCUGUAGCAGUGUCUAUACCUUUAUCAGUUCCAACGACAACUUUGACUGAUUUAUCCAAUUUUUCUGCUCCAGCAUCAGCGACUACUCACUUGGCAAUUUCAUCUGUUCCAGCAACAGAUUUGACAAUCUUACCAACAGUACAAUCGGCAGUGAUUUCAACUUCCAUAAUACAGACAGAGCCUAUACCAGUUACAGCUUUGACCUUUGCCACUACAUCCAUUCAACCAACUAUAGCCUGCCAGCGUCCCAAAGAUACUACUACUACUAGAUACGUGUACUCCAGUGUCCGACCGUCUGUAGUUUAUCAAACUGUACCUAAUGAUGCUUCAGAUGUGCCCUCUGCUACAUUGCCUUUCACUUAUGCUCAAACCAAUUUUUUAAAUGCUGCUACAUUGCCUAUUACUCAUGCACAGACUAAUUUUUCUACUAGUAUAUUCCAGCCAGUAAACUAUCAGUAUAACCCGAAUCAGAGUCAAGUCAAUUUAAUGCAUGGGUCAAGCAGCUAUCCAGGUCAAAUUCCUGUUAGUCAUGUUGAUACAGGUCAAGGUUAUCAAGGUUUAGCUCAUGUUUUACAGUCUGUACAGUCUUCUGGUAUGCCUCUAGAAAUCAACCCACAAUUACAGGGUAUGAAUUUUUCAGAUUCAGUAGAUCAUAGCAAGUUGCCUCGAGCAUUUGCACAAGAUUUGGCUUAUGUUGAUAUGGUCAGCCCUGAGUUGCGCAGGAAAGUCUUAAAAGGAGAACAUUUCGAGCUCAUUAAACAUCCGGAUCGUGAAUUUGUUUCAAAUCUCUGUGAUGGACUUCGUUUUGGAUUUGACACUCUUGUUACAGACUCAGAAGCUCAGAUUCAUUUUGAAUAUAAAAAUUUAAAAUCUGCUCGUGACUUUCCUGCCAUUGUUGAUGAACUAAUUCUAGUCAAAGUUGACAGGGGUUAUGUUAAAGGACCUUACACUGUGUUGCCUUUUUCCCAGAUUAGAGCUGUAAAAAAAAUGCAGAACAAUGUUGUCAAACCUCGUUUACCCAUAACUUAUGACAUCCUUGUAUAUAUUGUUGUAGCUCUCAGAGCAGGUUACUUUGAUUCCUAUACUGAUUUGUUGUUAGAAGCUAUGUUCACUGUUGCCUUUUAUGGGUUUUUAAGGAUUGGAGCUGCUACAUCUUCAGCUAAGUCUUGCAUGCCAGAUCAUAUGAUUAAGUUUUUAGGACGGUGGUCCUCCAAUUGUUACACAAGAUAUAUCAGACCUGAUUUAGAUAUGGUUAAACAAGCGGUUAAACAUAUUGCAGGCUGA